AUGGUGGGGCAGAGUCCCCUGGAGCCCAGCGAGAGCAGAGCUGCUGUCCUCCUGGAGCCCUUUGUCCACCAGGUGGGCGGCCACAUGAGCAUGAUGCAGUACGACGAGCACACGGUCUGCAAGCCCCUGGUCUCCCAGGAGCUGAGCUUCUACGAGUCGCUGCCCUUGGCCAUGAGACAGUUCACACCCCAGUACAAAGGCAUCGUUUCGGUGCACCUCAAGAAGGACAGCCUUGGGAACCUGACCCUGAUUGCCAGCCCCAGCCUGCAGGCAGAGAGCUGUGGCCGCCUGGACAAGGCCAGUGGUGACCCCUCGGUGACGAUAUGGCACAAAGGCAAGUGGGCCAGCGGCGCCGGCAGCGAGCACGCCCUCGCCAAGUGGAGCCACACGCAGCUCACCAAGAGCUUCAAGGAGAGCUGCCCGGGGAAGAUGCUAUUGAGGACAGACCUUCAGUACUGCACAGAUUCACUUUUGGAAGAUGCGAAUGGAAACCAGCCAGAAAGAAAGAGCUACAACCCCUGGGGACUGCACUGCCACAGACAGCACCUGAACCGCAUGUCCUCCAAGCAUAAUGAGAACAAACUUCAUCAGUUUCUAUUGCUUGAAAAUGUGGUGUCAAAAUACAACUAUCCCUGUAUCCUGGACUUAAAGAUGGGAACCAGGCAGCACGGUGACGACGCCUCGGAGGAGAAGAAAGCCAGACACAUCAAGAAGUGUGAGCAGAGCACCUCGGCCUCCUUGGGUGUCCGCAUCUGUGGGAUGCAGGUUUACCAAGCGGACACUGGCCAUUUUCUCUGCAAAGACAAGUAUUAUGGCAGGAAACUCUCAGCAGAGGGAUUCAGGCAAACCUUGCGCCAGUUCCUGUGCAAUGGGAACCACCUCCGGACGGAUCUCCUGGAGCCCAUCAUCCUCAGGCUAAAAGCUCUGCUCUCUGUCAUCAGGAGGCAAAGCUCUUACAGGUUCUACUCCAGCUCGCUGCUCAUCAUUUAUGAGGGACAGGAGAACAAGGAGAACACAGCCCCCUUGGAUAAUCACCUUCACUUCCAAAAAACAAACUGCACGGCCUCCCACGGCACCAAUCCCUCCAGAGUCGACGUCCGGAUGAUAGACUUUGCCCACACCACUUUUAAAGGCUCCAAAUGCAACCACACCACGUACGACGGGCCAGACCACGGCUAUAUUUUUGGCCUGGAGAACCUCAUCAAAAUCCUUCAGAACAUCUCCUAG